AUGGCCGUCGCCAGGAAGGAGGUAUGGAGGACUGCGCUCGUACUCUUCCUGGGGCAGCUCGUUUCCCUUCUCCUGGCGGUGGUGAGCUUCACGUCCUCCCUAAUCGCCAUACGCGGUGAGUCUCCUCCCCCCUUCUUUCUCUUCUUCUUCUUCUACAUCUUCUGAGAUUGAAAUCUGAGAUUUGAUCUCCUCCACGCAGGCGUUGACACGCCGCUCACCCAGUCCUUUUUCACCUACGUCUCCUUAACUCUGGUGUACGGCGCCGUCUUCUUGUUCCGUCGCCAAAAGCUCCUGGUAUGACCGACACCGGAUUCUACCCCUUUUCCAGAGAGAGUUUUUCAUUCCGUCGCGGGUAUAGAUCGUUCGUUACGAAUGUACAUAUAUCCGUUCAAACGACGAGAUCGAUGGCUGUGUGUGAUCUACGGAUCAAGAUCGGACGCGCGAGGCCGCAUCGGAUUUGGCAUUUGACAGCUCUCUCACUGCUCGGAACUUUUUUCGCAGGUUCCUUGGUACUGGUACCUGGCCUUGGCGAUCGUCGACGUCCAAGGGAACUACCUCGGUGAUUCUCUACCCAUCAAGAAACUUCUUCUCCUUUGUGCUGUCGACGGCGCGUAACACACCCUGCGAGUCCUCCUCUCCAUUAGAGCAGCAAUUUCUACCCCAUAAACGAGAAAGCUCGGUCCUCUUGGCUACCCCAUCAAUCUGAUCUCUCGCCUUUGGCGGGCAACUGAGGGAGAGCUUUAACAGCUCAAAGUUCUUCGGACUCCGAUUGCAGACCAGACACGACAAUCAGAUAAUCCAUGUGAACUAUCGUUGGCAUCAGCCUCUGUGAGACCGAUCCCAUCUUUUGAAAAGUCCUCCCACUCGACGGGGGAUUGCAGUCCUUCUCGUUUCCCACUUCUUCGAUGAGUUUUCGUCCGCUGCCUUAUUUAUCGCGCAGUCUUUCACGAAUUGUCCUCUGUUUUUAUGCGGGCGGCGUCUUUGUUCUGCGAAUGGCGAAUAUAAACACUGCCUCUCUCACUCUUCUCUCCCUCUUUCUCUCUCCCUGACGCACAGUCGUGAAGGCCUACCAGUACACUUCGAUUACCAGUGCGACGCUCUUGGAUUGCUGGACCAUACCAUGGGUCAUCAUCCUCACCUGGUUUGCUCUGGGAACGCGAUACUCCAUUGCUCAGUUUCUGGGGGCGGCCACCUGCGUAGCGGGCCUGGGACUGGUGCUUCUCUCGGAUGCGUGGGACUCCACUGGUGGUGAGUGAGCUCUUCUCUUUUCUCUUCUUCAUCUUUUUUUUUUUGGUUUUAUUUGGGAAGAAGGAUCAAACAUGGAUUAUUUGAUCGAAGUGGCUCGGAUGAUGGACAGGGCAGUGAAUUUUAUGCUUGUAAUAGAAUCACAACCCGCGUCCAGAAGCGUCGCGGGGGCUCCCAGACUUCCUUCCCUGUCAUGGGUCACAACAGCUUUUUUUUUCUCUUUUGACAUGCACAAUCUUCGUCGUUGACCCUGUGUCUGUCUGUUUGUCUGUCUCAGGUGGGAAGAAACCCCUCUUGGGCGACAUGCUGGUCAUCGCGGGGACGUUUUUUUACGCAUUCAGCAAUGUUGGAGAGGUCAAAGAGACGACUUUCCUUGUCUGGGUUCCGUUUCUUCUGUUCUUUCUCGAUAUCAAGACUGUUACUCGGACUUCAACAGAUAUCAUACUUAACAUUAUUCCGAUCUUUCUUCCUCCUAAAAAUAUUGCUGAUGUUUAGGCAAGGACUGAUUGACCGAGGCGUGGGUAGUUAGUUACUGACUCCCAAUCGUGCUCCCCUCUUCUUUGCCAAAAACAAAUGCAGGAAUUUUGUGUGAAGAAAAAAGACCGGGUGGAAGUCCUGGCGAUGCUCGGUCUGUUCGGCACGCUCGUCAGCGUUGGCGAGAUGUAUCCUUUUGAAUUUUCUGAGCGAACACCGAAGAGGCAUGCUCAAGCUGCCCGGUUCCUCUGUCCUUCCCACGGCAUGCUCGAUCUCUAUACUUGAGCUAUUAAAUCAUCGGGCCAAGAGACAUAAUUCCGCUAAAACUGUGAUCGGGAACUGUAUUCAUCAACACAGUGCUGCGGCGGGCAAUCGACUGUGCUAUAUUCCAUGACCCUCUCGCAGAUCUGUGUUCGAGAGGAAGGAUCUAGAGGCGGUCAAGUGGUCUGCAACUAUGGUAAAUAGCUGACGAAUCUCUUCUAUCCUUCCUCUUUGUUUCCUACCCAGGAAUGCCGUGAAGGAGCGGAACAGGUCCAUCUGUUUCGAUUUGUUCAGGACGGAAGGAAUGCUCUAAAAUUUCAGCAAAACGAGCCGACGGAGGUUUUUAAUUGAAUCGCGUGGAAACCAUCCGACCGAGACUCUUUGUUCUUCAGGUAGCGCUGUUCGCCGGGUUUGCUAUUGCGUCAGCUCUUUUCUACAGCGUGGUCCCUUUUGUUCUCAAGGUCAGCCUCCGCUUCCUCAUCCCUCGGCACAUUUUCCGACUGGAAACCGUCGUUGACAAAGGCUCACAAGCUUGGUCGCAGUUGGGCGGCGCGACCUUGUUCAAUCUCUCCCUUCUCACCUCCGACAUGUGGGCGAUAAUCAUCCGCGUAUUCUACUACCGUCAGAAGGUCUGAAUCUCCUCCUCCCCCCUCCGAGACCGUGCUCCUUGAUCGAUAGCUCCCUUCCCUGUUGCUAAUGGCUCAUUUUGUCGCCGUAAACUGCAGGUGGACUGGCUUUACUAUCUCGCAUUCGGAGUCGAAGCCAUUGGGCUGGUCACCUACUCGGUGUAGUACGUCCUUUCUCUGAUCACCCCGAAAAAUCUCUGGUUCGUCACUCUCGCCCAAGUACAGUUUUGCUCAACACUAAUAUGACUACUUGCUUCUGAGCAGCGACGCCAGUUCAACCAAGACAGACCUCGUGGAUGACGCGGGCUAUGAAGCACUGACCGAAGAUACCAGCGAAACUUUAGGUUCUGGGGAACGUGGGCAAGAAUGCCCGCCUGCGCCUUAG